CUGACAACGAGAAGUGUUGAGCAAGGGGCUGUCUGCAAUUUCUAGUUAGAUAUACACCUUUUGUUGAAGACUUCAGAUCAAAGUAACCUCGCAAGAUUUUAUUUCGGCUUCUGCAAAUGAAGAAUAAUUGGUUGUAAGUACAAACAGAAUCAAAUUAACGCAUCUGAAGUCAGUGGUGUUCAACAUAGAAGCCCGGCGUCCAGUGAAGAUACCAAUUUGAAUAACGUUGUGCAAGUUGUAACUAUUAUGUCGUGCACGAUUAGUUCUUCUAGAAUGUUUAAUCGGCUUGUAAGAAGGGCAUGUAACACAAGUAUGCCGGCACUUCAACAUAUGCGCUGGCUAUCCAGUAACCCUGGUGUUAUGCAAUGCUGGUCCCUUGACCAAUAUGGCGGGAAUGAAGUCUUGCAACUGAACACUGUAGAAAUGCCUUCUGUUCAAAGUUCUGCUGAUAUUCUAGUGAAAGUACACGCUGCUUCAGUAAAUCCAUUUGAUAUACGAAUGAGGAACGGUUACGGAUCAAAACUAUUAAAUUUAUGGCGUAAAACUAAAGGAGCUAGCGAAUUCCCUCUUGUUUUGGGGAGAGAUUUUUCUGGCGUUGUGGUUAAAACUGGAAAGUUGGUACGCAGGUUUAGGCCUGGAGAUGAGGUUUGGGGUUCACCAACUGUACCCAAUGGAGGAACUCACACUCAGUAUUUGGUUGCUCGCCAAGAUGAGAUUUCUCAUAAGCCUGGUUGUUUAAGUCAUGUAGAAGCUGCUUCUCUACCCUAUGUUGCCUGUACUGUUUGGGUUGCUUUAGUAAGCAGAGCGGGACUAAAACCUGAUAAUUGCUUUGAAAAAAGGGUACUGGUUUAUGGUGGAUCUGGUGGUAUUGGAACAUUGGCAAUUCAGGUACAACAAAAUACUUACAGUAUUAGAGCAGACUUC